AUGUGUUGUUGUAAUACAAAACAAUUGAAACAAGAAUGUUCCACGAUUCUUGAAUAUAUGAGAAAGUUCCAGACAGUAUGUACAUCAGCACAUUCAAAACAAGAUUCCUUCAGAGAAAUUCCUCUACCUCCAGCAUCGUUUUUCAAGUCCAUUCUCUCACAACUAGAAGACAUUGGAUGGCGCAAGGUUUACGAAAUCCCACCAGAUUUCACCUACAUCACUUUACAAGAAAGUGAUAUUAAGGGACGUCUUCAUAAAAUCAAGGUUGGAAUACCCCAGGGCUACCCUGAGGAAGAACCUACUGUAGAUGUAGAUUUACCCAGAGAGUUCCAGUUCUCUUGGAACAGUGUCGGAGGACUUCCUUUGAUAUUUGCCGCGUUCAAGGAUCAACUAUCAAGCGUACAGCAGUUUUGGGACGUUUUAGAUGAUUUGGACGAGACAGCGGUUGUGCUUGACCCACAAAAUCCUGAAAGACGACACAAAACACGUCGCAUUUUCCUAAGUAAUCACGUGAGUGUACAGUUAACGAUAUCGGUGGAGCACCCUCGUAAUCUACCCCAGUUUCACUUCUUUGGGCCUUCGUCGCUAACGACUCCUCUUAAUAAUUGUCUGACAGAAAAGUACCAGGAGUGGGACCCAGAGCAGAGUAUCGUGAAUAACAUCGAGAGGAUUAUCGCCGUUGAAGUGGUCAAGCGAUCAGCGCAGUCAGGAAGUGGCAAUGAAGAAUGGGGCGCAGAGUGUGCAGUUUGCUACUCUCUUCUUCUCGAUGGCUGCCACCCCGAUCUCACAUGUGACCACUGCAGUCAGUCGUUUCAUUUGAAUUGCUUGUACGAGUGGCUUCAUGGGCUCCCGAAUAGCAGACAAAGCAUGAAGUUCAUUUUCGGAGACUGUCCAUACUGUUCAAGGCUGAUAUCUUGCAAAGUUCCUGCAUAGCCCAUAGGAGGAGGGACUGGACCCAAAGCAAAGAUCUCAGGUUGUCUACAUUUUGGAGAAUACUAAAGUUUUUAUACAAUAUUGUACCUGACACGGCUCGAACAGAGUACGGCCUCUUGUAAUGUUUAUAUGACAACUCCAUGCAUCUUGUUUUUCUUUAUACAUUUUUCACAACUACAAUAUUUCAGUAUUUUUCUAAUAAACUUGUAAAAAUUCAAAAUAAAGAAC